GGUUUCGUUUUAGUGGAACCAUGCGACUUUUCAGAAACAACUUCUAUCUGGUGCUGUCUUGUUUUAAAUCCAUAUACUGAUAUCUUUAUUAUCAACCGAAAACGGAUACAUACAAGUAGUCGAUCUAUCGUAAUGGCAGGUCAAGGUGAAAUGGAUUUGUGGUAUGCCCAUCCAGUUUAUUCACGCUACUGGCAGCACUACCAGCAGGCCAUGAACUGGCAUCAGAGGCAUAAGCAGACAUACAAAAGAGCAUUGGAGGCUGGCUACAUGCAGUCACUGUUCUUCAUGUACCCAUCUGCUGUGCAACGGUACUCAGAUUGGCAAGCAGAUGAGAGCAGGGUGAACAGUAAUGGAGACAGAGCCACAAACGAAAACCAACAGAUUGUUGAGUCGGAUAGCGAAACAGAUGAAAGUUCAGAUGAGAGUGAGAUUGAGUGUAAUGUCAGCAACAUGGACAUCUCUGAGGAGCUGCGACAAUACUUUGAACAAACAGAGCAGCACAGGGAAAAGCUCAAGAAGCAACAACAGAUGAACGCAGAGGAGCUGGACUCUUAUGUACUGGCCGACCAGGACUUGCACAGAGUUUCCAGGCAGAGCAUCCUGCCUCCUUCUGAACGACCUGGAGAGACAAGGACUGCAGAAAUGAAGAAGCUGUAUGGCAAAGAUGCAGCAAAGAUUCAGGGGAUGGAGACAGCUAUGCAGCUCACCUUUGACCGUAACUGUGACAAAAAGCAGCCCAAGUACUGGCCUGUUAUACCACUAAACUUGUAAAAUGAUCUCCAUAACCAUAUCUAAACCCAUUUUCUGACCUGAUAAUAGACUGUAUAGAAUUUGCCAUACUAUGUCUUUUAUUUCAGUGUGAUUUUUGUCAUGUUGUCAACUGUUUGAUUAUUUGUCAACUAUUUGUUAAAUUUGUUUUGCAUGUGUUCUAAAUCUCAGCAUCUGCACUUGGAGAAACCGCUGUGCCCUUCUGUGAUCCAUUUUUUAUAAUACUGGGAUUUCCUUUAAUAAUUAUUAUUUUUUUGUGAAUAAUAAAACAAUGCAUCGAAAUAAAACCUUUUGAAUUAUAAGUA